AUGAAUUAUUCACGUUGCAAAUUUCUUGUUUUAAUAUUUUGGAUUGUAAAUCAUUCAUUACACUCUGGAUGCUUUAAAUUAACACGGCUUAAUCGAGAUUUUACACAUUCUCCACUCUAUAAGGGUGAAUUGUGUAAAAGUAAAUAUUGUUCUGGACAUUACUCGAUUAGAAGUCGUGUAAUAGGACCAUUAUUUUUAAAUUUUGAUAAUUUUAGUGACAAUGCUGUGAAGGUAUUGAUGUUAUCGCAGGAGGAAGCCAGAAUGACCUCUCAACCGCAAAUAGAGACUGCGCACAUUUUUCAAGGAUUAGUUUGUUUGAAUAAGGGUUUAGCUUCUAAAGUUCUUACUAAUUUUGGAGUUAAUGUCACCAACGCCAGGGAAGCUUCUAAGCAAUCUUUGCUCGAUAGAGAACAACCUAGUGAAGUAGAUGAAAUGCUCACAUUUUCACAUUCUUCUAAGAAGGCUCUAGAGCUUUCAUCUUCCGAAGCUGAACGUCUAGGAAACUUGACGAUAGAAACCGAACAUAUACUCUUAGGAUUGCUGAGCGUAGAAGAUGAAAUAAUUAGAUCCAUGCUAAAAAUAUUGAAUAUCUGCUCAGAAUCUAUCGUAGAAGCAAUACUAAAGGGUAUUGCGGAACAGAGGGAGCAAGUAAUAAAGAAAAAUAGCGAGAAAGCACCGAAUAAUCUUACAACAUAUGUCUAUAUGUCCGCCCAAGGAGUUGGUCGUACAGAAUUAAUGCAAUCUUCGAUAUCAUUAUUCACAGUGGAUCUGACUGAAAAAGCUGAACGUGGAUUAUUGCCUACAGUUAUACACAGAGAUAAUGAAAUUGAGAGAUCCAUUAUAACUCUAUCGAGAAAAACCAAAAGAAAUCCCAUACUUAUUGGUGAACCAGGUGUUGGUAAAACAGCCAUAGUUGAAGGAAUCGCCAUGAAAAUACUGAAGGGGAAUCUCCCUCCACAUAUGACUGGUAAAAGAGUUUUACAACUUGAAAUUGGAUUAUUAAUUGCUGGAACCAAAUUCAGGGGGCAAUUUGAAGAGAGGCUAACAAAGCUUAUAGAUGAAAUAAAGUCUUUAGGUAACAUAAUUUUGGUUAUAGAUGAAGCACAUAUGUUAGUUGGUGCGGGAUCUGGUGACGGUGCUCUUGAUGCUGCGAAUUUGUUAAAACCAUCUCUUUCAAGAGGUGAUAUACAAUGCAUCGCAAUUACUACCCCAAAAGAAUACAAGAAAUAUUUCGAAAAGGAUGCGGCGUUGUCCAGAAGAUUCCAGCCAAUUUUCAUAAAUGAACCCAGUGACGAUGAAACCCUUAAAAUCUUAAAUGAGCUAAGUAUAACUUACGGAAAUUUUCACAAAGUAAAAUAUACAUCAGAAGCAGUUGAUAUGGCUGUAAAAUAUUCGAAACAAUUCAUUAACGAUCGGUAUCUGCCUGAUAAGGCAAUAGAUAUAUUGGAUGAAUCUGGAUCAUUAGCAAAAAUACAAUAUCAAAAAAGGGGUUCUGAAGACGAUAUUGAUGAAACUACAAAAGGUGAAAAUACUGGACUGGAAAAUAAAACUCCAAAUGAAAACACUUCAACUUACAAUUCCUGCAACUUAGAUACUAAUAACCAAGUAAACAUUGAAUCACCAAAUAAUAUUCUCGGAUUAGUGACUCAGGAACAUGUCUCUGAAGUUGUAUCAUUAUGGACUGGAAUACCUUUGAAAAGACUCACAAGAGACGAAAUGGAAUGUAUCAGAAAUAUGGAAUCUGAACUUCAUAAGAUGAUAGUUGGUCAGGAUGAAGCGGUUAAAAAUAUUUGCAAGGCAAUAAGACGUGCAAAGACACACAUUAAGAAUCCACAAAGGCCUAUUGGAAGUUUUCUAUUUUGUGGGCCUCCCGGUGUUGGAAAAUCAGAAGUGGCAAAAUCACUUACAAAAUAUAUAUUUGCCAAGGAAAACCUCAUAAGAGUGGAUAUGUCAGAAUAUAGUGAAUCACACAGUAUAAGUAGAAUAUUAGGGAGUCCACCUGGAUACAAGGGACAUGAUUCUGGUGGACAAUUGACAGAGAAGAUACGGCAUAAUCCCUACUCUGUUAUCAUGUUUGACGAGAUUGAGAAGGCACAUAGUGAUAUACUGAAUAUUCUUCUCCAAAUUUUGGAAGAUGGUAAUGUAACAGAUGCUAAAAAUCAAAUGGUUUCGUUUAAGAAUACGAUUAUCAUAAUGACUAGCAAUCUAGGAUCCAAUGUUAUUCAAAGAGCAUCCAAAGUUUCCAAUACGUUUGGGUUUAAUGUAGACAGUAACUGUUCAACAGAUUAUACUAAGAUGAAGGCGAUUGUGUUGGAAGAACUCAAGUCACAUCUUCUUCCAGAGCUAAUAAACAGAAUCGACGAUAUAAUACUCUUCAAACCACUUACCGAUACAGAAUUAUACGAGAUAACCGGUAUCAUGCUAGAGGAUUUGGUUAAAAGGGUACACAAUGCGGGCAUAACUAUAGAAUUUGAUGACAAACUCAGAAACCACAUACUUAAACUACCAAGGGAUGAAAAUUGCGGAGCCAGACCACUUAGGCGCAUAAUUACAAACUUUCUGGAGGAUAAACUGGUUGAUUUCGUUUUAUCACGAGAAUUUGACAGUAAAAUGAAAUAUCUGGUUACAAUCGAAUCUGACGAUGUAAAGUUUAUCAAACAUGAAGAUGUAGUUAAUAACGUAAAGUGUCAUCAAAUGGAAGAGAUUACAGUUUCCACGAAAUAG